CAAUAUAUAUCUCAGCACCCCCUCCCUUCCACUUGUAACAAAUAUCUUACUCUUUCUUAGCCUCCUCAAAGAAAUGGCAACAAAGCUAUUCCAUUUCCUCCUCCCCCUCAUCCUCAGCAUCUUCAUCCAAAAAAAUUCAGCCCAAGUAGCACCAGCACCAGCAGGACCAACCAACAUCACCCAAGUUCUAGAGAAGGCAGGCCAAUUCACAACCUUCAUCAAACUUCUCAAAGCCACACAAGUUGCUGACCGUGUCAAUUCACAACUCAACAACUCAAACCAAGGCCUAACCAUCUUUGCACCCACAGAUAAUGCAUUCUCAAGCCUAAAAGCAGGGACACUAAACUCCAUAAACUCACAAGACCAAAUGCAGUUGGUGCAGUUCCACAUUCUCCCCACUCUCUACACCGUAUCACAGUUUCAAACCGCGAGUAAUCCCUUGCACACGCAAGCUGGCAACAGUGAUGACGGAGAGUACCCUCUAAAUGUCACCACCUCAGGGAACCAAGUGAAUGUGACUACCGGGGUGGUUGACACAACUGUUUCCAACACUAUUUUCAGUGAUAACCAGCUUGCAGUGUAUCAGGUCGAUAAGGUGCUUCUUCCUAUGGCACUUUUUGGGUCGUCGGCCCCAACUGCUGCACCAGCAGAGGCUCCAGCACCGACCAAGCCGGAGAAAAAUGUCCGGGCAGCUGAUUCUCCAUCAGGGUCAUCAGAUACAUCAGUUGAUGCUUCGAGUGCAGUAAGUUUGAAUAGAAAGACAGUCGAAGGUGUUACAGUUACCUUCGUUGUUUCGAUUAUUGCAUGGGUUGUUUGUUGUUUCUGAAUGUAAGUUCUAGGAUGGUUGUUUUUCCUGUUUUUGUUUUAUUUUUUUCCUUGAUUGAUGGUGAUGAUGGAGAUCUUGUGUGCUGUUGUUGCUACCAAGUUGAAAAAAUUUUGGGUUCAAUAUAAAUGAUUUUUUCUUUCUUUCAAA